CUGUGAGUUAAAUGGUCAAAGCGACGCGCAGCACUCCGCUGAAGAACAUCCCACAUACCCAUCAACAACAAUGGCAAACCCUAGUCUGUUUUGGUAACACGUUUUUUUUCCUCCCCGUAUAUAUGGGCGCAACAAGGCUUGAAGCCGUUUGCGUCCAUCACACCUAAUAUAACUUCUAAAUUUCUGCGCUAUUUUAUUUUUCUUCCGAGAAGACGCGUACGUAUGUGACUACAUUUUUGCGUUGGACAUCUUUUUUUUUUCCCCCGAAAAUGUGCGAGGCGCUCACACUGGCUGUGCAUGUGUGUCCCUGCUGCUUCUCCGCUGGGCUACUGCUGCUAACCUAGCUGCUUCUUUUUUACACGGCGGGUUAGCCUCCAUUAGCCUGGCCGCGCUCGUUAACUAGUAAAAGAAACAAAAGGUACAGGCGAAUGUAAAGCUCGGCCGUGCUCUUAGAUUUACGACAACAACAACUCCAAACUGCUCGCCUUUUUUUUUUUUUUUUUUUUUUUUUGCCGUUGUCGGGCGAGGGAAUAAGUGUUGCAUGAUUUGUCGUGGAAAACACUUUGCUGGCUAGCUAAUAGGCUAGCUAUUUGAUUGUGUUCGUCGACUGAGGGAAAACGGCGAGUUUUCUUUGAAAGUAUGGAUGACCAGACCAGGAUGCUGACGGGUCUCACCGGACUCGGUGGACUACCGCAGCCCGAUGUCGGUGAUCCGGACUCGGUCCGGAAACAACAGUCCCUCGGCCAGCCGCAACAAGACAUCGGGGAUAUUCUACAGCAAAUAAUGGCCAUCACCGACGAAAGCCUGGACGAGGCACAGGCCAGAUCCUGGCCAGAGGAAUCGCCAGCGCAUUGGGGUGGAUCAGACGACCCCACAGAGGGAGGGAGAGCAGGGGGGGGCAUGGCAGGGGGUGGACUGCCACUCAACUUCCAGCACAGGAAGCAUGCCCUGAACUGUCACAGAAUGAAGCCAGCACUCUUCAGCGUUCUUUGUGAGAUCAAAGAAAAGACAGUUCUGAGUAUACGAGGUGUGCAGGAAGAAGACCCCCCAGACCCCCAAAUUAUGCGGCUGGACAACAUGUUGCUUGCAGAGGGUGUGUCGGGACCAGAGAAAGGCGGCGGAUCGGCCGCAGCGGCGGCGGCUGCAGCCGCUGCCGGGGGCUCACCCACCGACAGCAGCAUCGAACACUCGGACUACAGAGCCAAACUCGCCCAGAUCCGUCAGAUAUAUCAUUCUGAGCUAGAGAAAUAUGAACAGGCCUGCAGUGAGUUCACCAACCAUGUAAUGAACCUGCUGAGGGAGCAGUCCCGCACACGGCCCAUCUCUCCCAAGGAGAUUGAACGCAUGGUGGCCAUAAUCCACCGUAAAUUUAGCUCCAUACAGAUGCAGCUCAAACAAAGCACCUGUGAGGCGGUGAUGAUUUUGCGCUCACGCUUCCUUGAUGCCAGACGUAAGCGGCGCAACUUCAACAAGCAAGCUACAGAAGUACUGAACGAGUAUUUCUACUCGCACUUGUCUAACCCCUACCCUAGUGAGGAAGCAAAGGAGGAACUUGCCAAAAAGUGUGGGAUCACUGUGUCUCAGGUCUCUAAUUGGUUUGGCAACAAGAGAAUACGCUAUAAGAAGAACAUCGGUAAGUUCCAGGAAGAAGCUAAUCUGUAUGCAGUUAAAACAGCGGUGGAUGCUGCGAAUGUGUCAGCGCAAGCCAGUCAGGCCAACUCUCCAGCAACACCCAACUCAGGUGAUACCUACCUUGGUCAACGUUCCCUCAAUGGUGAGGGUCUCAACUUUACCCCCUCUCUACAGCUGCAGGUGGAUACCCUGCACCAUGCUACACACCUGACGGGCGGCUAUGAGGAGUUGACAAGUAGUGGCCUCUUUACCGCUCAUCGCCUGGAUGCUAACAGCUGGCAGGACACCACCAACCCGCCCUCGGUUACCUCCCCUCCUGGUCCACCUGGCAGCGUCCACUCCGACACUUCCAACUGAUCUGGUGGCUUUUCCUGCCUUCUUUUCAUUCCCACUGUGGUCUGUUGUUAAAAUCAUCUUGCGUUCCUAUUUCCUCCCCCCUCUCUCUCUCUCUCUCUCUCUCAUUAAUCUCCUGUGAACAGGCCACAUGAAGUUGUACACACAUUUCAUUCACACUCGCUGUUCUGGACCACAGGACCGCUGUACAGUAGUUGGGAGGAACUUCUCCUUUCACUUUCAUUCCACUUCUCCGGUCUUUAAAAGUUUAAAAGGAGAAUGGAGCUCAGAGACAUCCAAGAAAACAUCCUUAUUGUCAAGGACUUUGGGGAAAAAAAGAAAGAGAAAAAAAAACCACAUCCAGCUGUGUAGAUGAUCAUGAUGUCUGUACAUUAUGUGUAUAUGCACGUUAACUUUACACAGUACUCCCUCGGCUUGUCCAUGUGCUGUUUGACCUUUCCACUCAACUCUUUGCUUUGGGGAAACUGUGUCUAAUUGCCCGUAUCUGCUGAAGCCUUGGCAUUUGACAGCCAAACUGUGGUUACGGACCACCAGGGAGCUCUGCUCACCUCGCUUGUACCAAAGUGCUGCCCCAGUGUUCCUCUGAGAUUACCCUCUGCCUACUCAACACAAGACACUGUUGCCUCAGUGUAUCCUUCGGUUUGGGGUUUACGGUGAGCAACUUGACGUUCGCACAAAGGUGCACGCAACCAUCCCCAAAACGUGCAGCUCGCAACUUAUCAGCUGUUUUUCCCAUUACGAGCUGACAUUAAAGACGUGUCAAGGACAAAUGUUAGCAUCCUUGUUAUGGGUUUCUACCUUUUCUAGGAAGGUGGCGAAGGGGAUCACUGCUCUAAACCAGGCAGGACAGGAGAGCGUACGGCUGGUGCGAAGAGAAUAGGCGGGAAAGAGGAGAAUAUCUUUGGUGGAGCAUAUGUAACCAAUAGCUCUUUCCAUUGCUAAUCAAUAGGGGGGUGUCGGUAGAUGGCUUGUAGACUUUACUUCUUUCUUUCUGUCCACUAGUUUGAUUGUAGUCUAUUAUCUAAUGCUGUUUCACCAAGAAUGCACCAGCCACCACCAAAAAUUAGCUCAAUACGACAUCUUUAUGACAAAAGAAGGGUGGAAGGACCGUGAGGCAUCGAUGUAUUUCUGGAACAAAUGUGACAUGAACUUAGAAAUGUGACUGUCUUCCAUGCAUGUAGGACUUCUAGGUGUUAUACUGUUUUUCAUUUAAGUUUUUAGCUUAAUUUGUAUUAACAAGAAGAAGAAUAAAAAAAAAAUAAAAAAAGGUAAAACUAUUACAGUCAGACCAAAACCAAAAAAAAGUGCAUCACAUGUUGAUGUGUCUGUGUGGACGUGUAAAAGGUUUCCGGGAUGUCUCGGCCAAACCGGCUGGUGCUCCUCUGAACCUUGCAAACAUUGCGGAGACCGGGUGCUUCCACCAGCUGAUGACACGCGAGGUGGGAUUAAACUUCGAUAUUUUUUGUUUUGUUAUUUUUUUUUUCCUCAUCUUGAAAUGUUUUAAGCUCGUGAGCCUGAGGCAACAUGUUAACAACCUAUUGUUGUACCAAAACCAAAUAUACAAAGUUCAGCAAUGUAAUAAUGCUACUUUUUAUUUUAAACAUUGGUGCGCAGUCGCCUUUUACAUUUGAGGAGAGGAGGGAAUUCUGUUUGUAUCUGCGUCUGUUUAUGGUGUUGUCAUGCCUCAAGUUUUCUUUUUUCUGUCUUUUUUUUUUUUUUUUUGAAUGGGGCUUCAUGAAUGAUGGGUGGAGUGAACGCUGUCAUCACACCUGUAAUUUGAUUGUGAGCAUGAAAGAAAUGCUCUGCCCUUUCUAUAUCCUUUAAUACCGUUUGGUAAAAGAAACUUUUUUUUUUUUGUUUUGUUCCAUGGCCAAUUGGGUAAGGGCUUCUCUCUCUCCUCUGUUACCAAAAAAAAGAGGCAGCACUGGGUGUAGUAAAACUCUUUGUUUGUAGGACAAACCUGCAACAUUUUGGCAAUUUCCAUUCUUUAAACUGUUUUAUACAUUAAAGAUUUUGUGAAUAACAAAGCAUUUUGAUAGUAAGGGAAAGCCUUAUUAAGAUGUGACAUCUAAGAGCUUGUUGAAACAUGUUUAAAACGAAAAGCCGGCCACAUUUCAUUUCCUGUUUUGUUUGCUCGCAGCAGCUUGUUACGGCUGCGUCUCGAGUAAAGGCGUCGCCACACCAAAUUAUCACGCCGCCCUCCCCCCCUUUUUUUCUACUUGUUGUAAUGGAUGUCACUGUACAGUUUGUGUAACGUUUCAGUACAUUUUCUUUUCUUUUUUCCUUUUUAUAAACUUUGGUUGAGAUAUCUACCGUUUCACAGGAUUCACAAUAACUCUGUAUCGGCUUUGAAUAUUAUUUAGAUCUUUUGUUACAUAACCAAGUUGCAGUGUAGGAUGAACAAAUGUAAUGUGGUGCUGUGGAACUAAUUGUUAUUUUUGUGGAUUUUUCUAUUUGGACUUUACGUUUUGAUUUAUGUCCUCCACUUACUGUUUCAUCCCCGUUUUUUUUAUUUCCAAUCUGAUUGCUCUGUAAAACGUUUGCUGAAAUUACAAGCACCGUUUUGCAUCCCCUCGUUUGUUGCCUCAGCGACUAUUGGCAGAUACAUCGAUGCCUAAAAACUUGAUGUCAAUAUAUACACUUUGUGAGCUCAUGCAUUUUGCAGCAGAGUUGUAACUCAAUAAUAAAAUCUUAUUGUAAACUAACAUUUUUAAAUAUUUGAAUCAUGCAACUGGGUUAGUUCCACAGCACCAAAUGUCUUUGUAAACCUUCAUUUGUUUGUUUUUAUUAGUAUAUUUGUAUCUCCCUCUUGCCCUUGUAUUUACCCCUCUCUCUACCUCUGUCUUUCCAUUUCUCUUGUAUAUAACCCCACUGUUUUCAGACUUGUGAGUCUGUAUGAACUCCUUUUAUACCUCAACUUUAGAAUUGAUCUAGAAAGAGUAAAACAAAACGGAGGAAUAUGACAAAAAUUGUAGUGUUCUUAUUAGAAAAUUAAUAAAACAAUUUAGUGUGA